AUGACUUUGGUUCAAAGAUUUGGCAGGCUAGAUCUAUUCAUUAUCAUGACAUGCAGCCCAAAUUGGGAAGAAUUUAAGAGAGAAUUACUCCCUGGACAAACGCCACAAGAUCGUCCCGACUUACUCACUAGAGUAUUUCGUGCAAAAUUAGACAAACUAAAAGAAGACAUCAACGGGAAAGGGGUAUUAGGUACUGUUGUUGCUUAUGCAUACGUUAUUGAGUUUCAAAAACGGGGUCUUCCACAUAUGCAUAUGUUGGUUGUGUUAGAUGAAAAUGAUAAGCUCAAUAACCCUGAUGAUUAUGACCAAAUUGUUAAAGCUGAAAUACCAAACGAACAUGAAGAGCCUCAACUUUAUAAUGUGUUUGUUGAUGCAAGAUGGGUUUGUGCACCAGAGGCAUUGUUAAGGAUAUUCAAGUUUGUAAUCAAUCGGAUAUACCCAAUUGUGGAGCGCUUACAAAUACAUCUUCCUAAUAUGCAUCAAGUUCGAUUUCAAUCUGACCAGAUUAUUGAAAAUACUCUGACAGACGAGAGACUUAACAAGACAAUGCUCAUAGAAUUUUUCACUUUGAAUCGUAAUGAUGCAGAAGCAGGGAGAUAUUUGUACAGGGAGAUCCCUGAGCAUUAUAGAUGGAUUUGUUCUGAAAGAGGUUGGUCUAAAAGAAAGAAUCAUCUUAGGGUUAUUGGGCGAAUAUAUACAGUCUCACCCGCUGAAGGUGAGAAAUUUUACCUACGCAUACUUCUGAAUCAUGUCAGAGGAGCCACAUCAUUUUUAAAUUUAAUGACAGUUGGUGGCGUUUUGCAACCAACGUUUAAGGAGGUAGCAGAACAACAAGUUUUGUUAGAAGGAGACGAUAGUAUUCAACAAUGUUUGCUUGAGGCCUCUACAAUUCAGAUGUCAUCGGCCUUAAGAAGAUUAUUUGUCACCAUUUUGGUAUAUUGUGGACCAGUUGGUGUCCGAACAUUGUGGGAUGAAUUCUAUCCAUGCAUGAUUGAAGAUUAUGCUUUCCCGAGUAACUUAAGUUGCAAUGUUGUUGUGAACAGACUUUUACGUGACUUAAACACACUUCUGGUACAGUUUAGCAAGAAUAUCAAGGACUACAAUUUGCCUCAAAUGACAACAAAAGUAGUUUCUGCAAUGCCUAGAUGUAUUGAAGAUGAACUCUCAAUAGGUGGAACUGGAAAAACUUACUUAUACUGUGCAUUGUUAGAAAACUUGAGAAGGUUGGGCCAUAUAGUAUUAGCAACAGCAACAUCUGGAAUAGCAGCUACAAUAUUACCUGGUGGGAGAACGGCACAUUCUAGAUUCAAGAUACCACUUAGCCCAGAUUCAUCAUCUACAUGUUCAAUCAGUAAACAAUCUGAUUUGGCAAAGUUAAUACAAAAGGCAAAGGCAAUUAUUUGGGAUGAAGCAACGAUGACACAUCAUCAUGCCUUUGAAGCACUAGAUCGAACUUUUAGAGACAUAAUUGAUGUUGACUUACCAUUUGGGGGGAAAACAAUGAUCUUUGGGGGAGAUUUUCGACAAGUACUUCCUGUUAUUCCUAAAGGAACAAAGUCGAAACUGAUCCAGGCCAGUGUGGUGAAAGCAUCAUUUUGGUCACAAGUAAAAAUUUUGAAACUUAGACAAAACAUGAGAUCCAAGAAUGAUCAACAAUUUUCACAAUUUUUACUUCGUGUUGGUGAUGGGGAAGAACCUGUUGUUGGAGAUGAUAUGACAAGAGUACCUGAAUGCCUGGUAAUACCAUGGGAGAAUGAGUUAUCCAUCAAUGAAUUUAUUUAUCAAGUUUUCCCUAAUUUGGAGGAUCAUAUAAAUGAUGCAAGUUACAUGGUGGAAAGGGUAGUGAUAACUCUUACAAAUGAAGAUGUUGACAUGGUGGAAAGGGCAAUGUAUUCGUUUGAUUUAGUUGAGGAUGACACGAGGAAUUUGAAUCACCCGGAAUUCUUGAACUCAAUUUGCAUUGGUGGGUUGCCACCACAUAAGUUAACUUUGAAGAGAGGUGCUCCAGUCAUGCUUCUCAGAAAUAUUGACCCAAAAUUGAGAUUGUGUAAUGGAACAAGAUUAUUAUGUCGUGGGUCGUACCAAAAUCUCAUUGAUGCUGAAAUUCUAACCGGACAAUCUGUUGGGACCAGGGUUUUUCUACCACGAAAAGUGGAGGGUCAUGGGCUUACAAAUAGAGUUCAAAGUGGGUUGGUUCAGUGCGUUAAUACAACAAAUGAUCAUAACAAGGAGUAUGUAACUGUCCUAUUGCUUAUGGUUGUACAUGAAAAUAGUAUUUUGACAAAAUUGAAUACCAGGAUGCAGAGUGUAAUAGACAUGUUUCAGUUGUCUCAUCGGGUUGGAGUUAUUCAGUUACAAUGA